AUGGCCGCCAUGGAGAGCGGAGAGGACAGGAUUGAGGAAGAUGUCGAAGCAGAGGAAUCCCCACAGCCAUCGCUUACUUCCAAAGAGAAACCCAAGUCCCACAGCAGUACCAAGAAAAAACGAAAAGAACGACAUGAGAGUGGACCAGCCCCUCCUGCUCCCACUAGUCAAACUUCAUCAACUACAUCUUCUACAACAGUGACUACAGCAGCAGGAGAGCCGCAGAGUUAUGAGGAGGCGAGCCCCAGCUCAGCAGCCUCUCCUCGACAGAGACGCUCUGCCAUCAGGGAUCGAGGACCACUGUACGAUGAUCCAACACUUCCAGAAGGAUGGACACGCAAACUCAAACAAAGGAAGUCUGGCCGCUCUGCAGGGAAAUUUGAUGUCUACCUGAUCAAUGCACAGGGAAAAGCCUUUCGAUCUAAAGUGGAGCUUUUGGCUUACUUCCAAAAAGUGGGAGAUACAACUACAGACCCAAAUGACUUUGACUUUACAGUAACAGGAAGAGGAAGUCCAUCACGGAGAGAGAAAAGACCUCCAAAGAAACCUAAAGCAGUCAAACCAACUGGGAGAGGCAGAGGCAGGCCUAAAGGAAGUGGAAAAAUGCGUCAGGCCACAGAAGGUGUGGCCAUGAAGCGUGUAGUGGAGAAAACUCCAGGCAAACUCUUGGUGAAGAUGCCGUUUGAAAAAGAUCCACUGACACCAAGCACUUCAGCGUCAAAGGUCAAACAUGAACUUGUUAAAAAAGUACCUGGCAGAAAGCGAAAAGCCGAACAGGAUCUUCCUCCUCCAGCUCCUAAAAAACGAGGCAGAAAACCAUCUGCUACAAUGGCCACAGUAACAGUUGCCACAACCCCCACCUCCACUGGACCUACCUCCAGCAUUUCUUCCUCUGAAAGCUAUACAACAGCUACCAUCUUUGUUGCUGAGGCCAAACGCACACCACUCAACCCAGAUCCAAACAAGAGCAAGAAUCUUCAAGUCAGGAAAAACACCAAUCCAAACGUCAAUCCCAAGUGCCAUCUAAAUAUCCAAGAUCACAGAGUGUAA